CGGCACACCAGUUCACGUCUAUGGUGUACGUGAUACGUGUCGAUGAUCCGUUCCCUCACGCGCUCGGCGGACGUCAGAAUCAUCGGUGGGAUUGUCGGUGAUGAGUCGGUGGCCGUGUUGCGGCCAGUCGCUCCUCGUGCAAUGAUCGACGUGUCAUCGACCAAUUAAUAAACAGUCGGAUCGCUGGUGGAUCGGUUCGGUGGAUCAUUCAUCCAGCAAUGGCCACGGGUGGCAGUAGUUUUAUCAGUAAACCAGCCAGAGGAUGGUUGCAUCCGGACCAUCUAGUGAGUAAGGACGGGAUCAGUUACACAGUGAAGUAUAUCGGAUGUCUCGAAGUAUAUACGUCGAUGAAGAGCUUAGAUUUUGAAACGCGCUCGUGCGUAGCUAAGGAAUGCAUAAAUAGAGUUUGCGAGGCUGCCGGAUUGAAGUCUGCUGACAAGAAAAGAAGGGUUGACAGGAAAGUGCUGAGAGCCAUAGCGGAUAAGCCUCGCAUGGAGCACAGCGCUGCUAGCAUUACUUUAACCAUUAGUAGUUGCAGUUUAUCCUUGACUAAUAUUGAGACUGGACAUAUUAUUGCGAAACAUGAUAUGCCACGCAUAUCCUUUGCUUCAGGCGGUGAUACGGAAAUACUGGAUUUCGUUGCGUAUGUUGCUAAAAAUAUGCAAGAAUGGCGCGCUUGUUACGUGCUCGAGUGCACAGGUGGUUUAGCGCAGGAUGUUAUAUCUACUAUCGGACAAGCGUUCGAGCUCAGGUUUAAAGAGUUUCUUACAAAACCAAGUUCUCUGCACCCCGUGCUGAACGGUGUCAGAGAGGCGGACAGGGAUUAUUACAACGAUUUGCCGGGGAAAGUACCGCCGGAUAUUGGCCCACCGCCAGUACCUCCUUUGCCUACAGCAUCCACACUGCCUAAUCUGAAGCAUCAUCAAAAUCAUGCGUCGCGCACUCACGCACAAAGUACCGCGGUUGAUUCAUUCCCGUCUGCCGCGGACAGACAUCAGCAGUUGGCAGAAACUGGGAACCUGAUUGAUUUAAACUCAGAUAACACUAUAUCUCCAGCAGCGAAUUUAGAUAUAAUGUCUGAGCACAAUUAUGUGAAUGACAGUGUCAUAGCUGCAAACAGAGACAAUCAUCGUGACCCGGCGUCACUUUUUGACGUUUUCGAUAUGCAGCCGUUCAGUUCUGCAAUAUCGGAUAUGAACAGACUAAGUCCCCGAUCACAGAAACAGCAGUUGAAACAAGAAAUUUGGUUUCACGGAAGUGUUAGCCGAUCUGAGGCGGAAUCUAUGCUUACCAGAGAUGGCGAUUUUCUGGUUCGAGAGUCACAAGGUUCUCCCGGUCAGUACGUUCUGACUGGAAUGAAUAAUAAUACCCCGAAACACUUGUUGUUAAUUGACCCUGAGGGCGUCGUCCGCACAAAAGAUCGUGUAUUCGAUAGCGUAAGUCAUUUGGUGAAUCAUCACUGUGACAACGUGUUGCCUAUCAUAUCGGCUGACAGUGUUCUAGUACUACGUUAUCCCAUACCCAGGCAUACAAACUACUAAUUUUAAACGUUGAACAUUGACUAAAGGGCAUGGACUUGGCAAAGAUUGUCCGAAUAGUUAUUUUGUGUAUCUUUGCACGUGAGAAUCUUUGACAAGUUUUGGCUUUUUGUAAUAUUUUUAAAAAAUCAAGUCACUUCAUACAAAAGAUAUACAUAUGUAUAAUGGUUUGUAGUAUCUUUAUAUUGUACCAUAAUAGAUGAUUCUUGAAUAUUUUUCUCUGUGAAUCUCCUUACGAAAUGUGCCAACCUAGCCAAAGUAAUAUAAUUUUCUGUAUUUAUCAUAGUUAAGAGGAUCUCUCAGCCAUCUUUUUUUACUGACACGGUUAAAUAUGGUUUUUGCUGUUUUUGGCCAAUAAAAAGAAUUACAAGCAUAAAAACUAUAUUUGACUGUGUCGAUAAAAAAAGAUGGUUGAGGGAUCCUUUUAAGCACAUUCCGAAUUUUUGUAUAGAACGUUAAAAUCUAAUUUAUGACUUUGGAUUUAUGUAAGAUUUAUAUACGUAGAGAAAUUUUAUAUAUAACUAUAUUUUAGAUAUAGAACAUGCUUUUUAUAUUGGACAUUGUUGCAACCCCAUCUUUCAUGCAAGAAUAAAAAUAACUAUAAUAAAUAUAAUUUCGUGCAGUA